AUGUCGACGUCUCCGUCAUGCUACUCGUUUGGCAGCUCCAUUGGCGUUUAUCGCGCUGAAGUCUACGCGGCGCAGCUUGGUACUGGUGUCGGCGUUCCUGUAAUCCUUCCGUCUGCUCGAUUGACUCCCUUGAUUAACCCGCGACCAGGCAAGAAAAUCAGGGAGCGUCUCAAACUCUUGGAAAGCAGGGCUGAACCUGCCCAGCAACACAGCAGCAAAAAAGAAGGGACCAAGAGCCCUCAAGGUGCCAUGGAAAUGGAAGAAGUCCCCGUCCUGGAGAGUGUCCUCGGUGACCAGGAAAGAGGCACGUUGAAUCACUCGCCAGUGCACCCUACGAGCGACUUUAUACCAAAAUACGAGCUUGACACACCUCACUACUAUACGCCAAUCAAUUUGAAGCAGGACUUCAUGGCCGGCAGCCCCAUAUCGCAGGAAAUUCAAUGCAGCUACGCACGGCAUCCCUAUUACGAUGGCAACAUAUCGUGCCAAUGCUUGCGCCACUUGCUUGCCCAUCAAGCUUGA